AAACCGGUCCACAAUGCCUUGCGGUGUCCCAGUUCCGUUGCUGUGUUUGUGAACUGGAUUCGGGAAGGUCUGGCUGAGCCGAACCGAGCCGAGCUGGGCCGAGAGGCGGCGGACGGAGCGCGGGGCCGCAGCGGGGGCUCAGCCGACACAGGCGGGCAAGUUUCGGCGGGGCGGCGCCGGUAAGCAGCGCGGGGCUGGUGGAACGCGGCUCGCCGCGGAGCUGCGAGACUUUCCGCUGUGAGUUGUGAACGGGACCGAUAAGAACCCGGAGCGGCGCUGCGGAGAGCGGGAGCGGGGCGGCGGGGGAAGGACAGCGGGACUCUCACUCACAGGGUAAAAGGUGAGGAAAAUGUUAACAGAUCUACGUAAACAGGAAGAAUGACAUCACCCAGAUGAGAGGCAUGGAGCUGAAGGUGUGGGUGGACGGAGUGCAACGCAUCGUCUGCGGGGUCACUGAGGUCACCACAUGUCAAGAGGUCGUGAUCGCCCUGGCCCAGGCUAUAGGGCGCACAGGGAGGUACACUCUGAUAGAGAAAUGGCGGGAGACGGAGCGGUACCUCGCCCCCCAUGAGAACCCGGUGGUGUCUCUGAAUAAAUGGGGUCAGUACGCCAGCGACGUGCAGCUGGUGCUGCAGCGCACCGGCCCCUCCCUGUGCGAGCGGCCCACCUCCGAAACCUCCGCCCUCGGACCCGAGCGCGGCCCCUACCGCCAGAGCCUCCCCCCUCUGGCCAAGCUCCGCCCCUCGGGGCAGGACCGUUCCCUGAAGCGCCGCGAGCCCAAGCGCAAGUCCCUGACCUUCACCGGCGGCGGCAAGGGCCUGCGGGACAUCUUCAGCAAGAGCCGGGAGCAGGGCCGCGCCCGCAGCGCCACGCCCGGCCCCGGGGCCCAGGACCUGGGUCAGCUGGUGCAGCUGCAGAAAGAGAAGCUGCGCUCGCUGGAGCAGCGGCUGCAGAGCUGCGAGCGGGAGCUGCGGGAGGAGCUGCUGACGGAGGAGGAGGAGGAGGAGCUGCUGCUGCUGGAGCAGCAGGUGCGGCGGAUGGAGGCGGAGAUGGAGGAGCAGGAGUUCUGGGAGAACGAGCUGCAGAUAGAGCAGGAGAACGAGCGGCAGCUGCGGGAGCGCCUGCAGGAGCUGCGCAACCGGGUGCAGGACUGCGAGGCGCGGCUGGGCGAGUACCUGGCGCAGAUCCAGUGCAUGGAGGCGUGUCUGGAGGCGGAGCGUCUUCAGCAGGAGCUGCAGCAGAGCAGGCAGGCGGACGAGGAGGAGCUGCGGGCGCGGAUGGAGAAGGUGAGGGCGGAGCUGGAGCUGCAGGUGCAGCAGGCGGCCAGGCUGGAGAGCAGCUGCAGGGCGGUGGACCUUUCCCUCGGACAGUCCAACAUCCGGCUACAGGAAAAGGAGCAGGAGUUGGAACAGUUAACUAAGGAGUUGAGACAGGUCAACCUCCAGCAGUUCAUCCAGCAGACCGGCACCAAAGUUACCGUGCUACCAGCAGAACCUGCUGAAGAGGAGACCAGCAGAGAACCGGAUCAGACCGGCUCUCUGAAGCGCCUGGGAUCGGCUCAUCCUCUCCCCAACGCCUUCCGAGCUCUGCAGAGCCCUCUGACCUCCAGCUUCAACCCCGAGGGCAUCUACGUCUGAUCAUCCACAGUGCCAGUGAGCGUCGAUAAGUGACCCGACUGUGCCACGCCAGAUUUCAACCCAUUUCAAGCCUCUCAUUCAGACGGGGAGUAAAGCUGGGGUGUGGAGACUCCCCGUAUCUGUUCCAGAUUCCUCAGAAGAGUCUGAGCGGGGGAAUCUCUGUGGGUGAUGAGAUCAGUGAUGCUCUUUGUGGUUUUCAUAUCAGGUUACACAUCAAACUCGCCUCCAUCUGAUCCAUCGCUGAGGAUCAGCUCGUUUCCUCGUAUCUCCGAUGCUCCUCUUCAAGGAUCAAAGAGAUGAAGGAUGGAAUGGAUGAGCUCUGUAUCUGUUCUCCUUCUUUUCUCUUUAUUUUUCAUCUGUUACAGAGAAUUUCCAUCCUCUCUAAAUCUACUGACGGAGCGGAGCCGUCGUGUGGUCACUUGUAAUGGACCUAGACUGCAUGAUUUUGCCUGCCAGCCUUUUUUUAUUUUAUUUGCUGUGAAACAGAGUUUCUCUCCACAGUCUCGAGAUGCGCCUGAUUUACAGAAUGCUCCUCAGCAGCUGACUAAAUAUAUAUAUAUAUAUAUAUGAGGGAUUUAUUCCCUCACCUCCUCUCAGACGGUCCUAAAGGCUCGUGCAAUGGUGCUGUCAGGCAUUAAAAACGCUAGAAGAGAUAGAAGAGGAUCUUCACUAAGUUGUCUUUGAUUCUUUGCUGCUGUUUCAUCGUUACAUCCUAAACUACAGUUAAUAUAACUUUAGGAAAGUGUGCACUUUAUUGGCCAAAACGUCUACUGUGUAGUUACACAGAAAAAAAAGAGUAUUUUUCUCUUUUAACUCGACAAUACAGUAUAAUCCGCUGCUACUUUAACUUUUUUAAUCCUUAUUGGAUUCUUAUGCUGUUUAUCUGGUGCUUCAAGAACUGAAAUAACGUUCAUGCAGUAAAAUAAGAGAAUCUGAAAACAGUGUUUGGAGAGAAUUUAGAGAGAGAACGGCUGUUGGUGAGAAUAAGAAGUAAAAAACGGAGAUUAAAUGCAUUUUAGGUAUUUUUUAAUGCAUUUUUAGUUUUUAAGUUUCAAGUUUAAGAGUUCAGACCAGCUCCUGUAGGGAAAAAUUAGAUUAUUGUCAUUUUAAUCCUUUAACAGACCUUGAUCCAUAAACAGGCUACAGGUGAAGGUGAUACAAAACCAUUUUACUUUGCAGUAAAAUAAAAAUUUAUUCAUAUUCUGAAAGCAUUGAACUUUAUAGACUCUCCUACAGCCUAAAGUACACUUGGAGAACCUACUAUAUAUAUAUAUACAAUAACAAAACAAAGGUAUUUAGGACAAUAUUAUUUUUUUAUGUUAAAAUUAAAGAAAGUGCCAAUUUCAUGAUUUUUAUUCGUAAUAUUUUAGUUUUAAGUUGUAGAUUUACUUCUAAUUUAAAAUAGUUUUGAUUACAAUUAUAAUUAGGAUAUAAAAUGAUUCUCAGUCAUGUUUUUUUUUUUUAUCACACAUGAAACAUUUAUAUGUACUGCUUGAAAAAAAAAUCCUAUUUAAAGACCAUUUUAUUCCACUAAUAUAAUAAUAACAUAAUGGCAUAAUAAUGUCAGUAAUAAUAAGCAUUUUAGAUUAUUAAUACUUUUUUUUGACAAUUCUACUGGAAUAUGGAUUGUUUUGUUUAAAUAUCCAAAAUGAAUAAAAAAAAAAAAAUUGAGAUAAAUUUGUUCAUUCAAUAUGAACAGCUCACCUUACUAACAUUACAUUAAAUACAAUAUAUAAGUAAUAUUGAAGUCAGGGGACAGGUCCAGUUAUUUUCAGUUUAUUUAUAGUUUAUUGACAAUCAAACUAGUUUAGCUAUUUUAGCUUUACACUUCCAGGUGAUAUAAGUUUAGUUUUCUUUUACUUUUAUUUUUAUUAACCUUUUAUUGUACCGUUGACUUCAUAUAACUUCAGCUUAUUUUAUUAAUAUCAUAUUAAAACAAACAAACAAACAAAAAUCGUCUGGAUUAAGAUCUGUAAAGGUUUACUAUUGGCUCUAGAGCUGGGCGAUAUGCCCCUAAAAUAAUAUCACAAUAUUUCUGGGUAUUCUGGAAUAACGAUAUUAUUGACUAUAUGAAAAAAAAAACUUUAAGAAUAUACUACUGCAACAAAACAAUAAAAAAAUAUGUUUUGUUCAGCAUACCAAUAAAAUAUGGAUGGUGUGGCGCAGUGGAUAACACCACUACCUGCUAAUGAGUUCCUACAUUAUGUGGGAGACUGGGGUUCAAUUCCAGGUCUGGGUGACUAAAAACUGUGCUACACUAAUAAGAGUCCUUGGGCAAGACUCCUAACACUACAUUGCUUUGAAUAGUAAUUAAAAAUUUGGUAUUAAUUCAGUAGAAACACUUAUAUUUCAUAAACAGAAACAAGACCCUGAUUUUUUAUAAAAUAAUAAUAGUGUAACAAUAUAUAUAUAUAUAUAUAUAAAUAUAACAAAUAUAAUGUAAUGUAACAAAAAUCUACCACAAAAUUUAAGUCCAGUGUAUUUAAACAGUUAAAGGUAAAAACUUUAAAAAGCAAAACAAAUACAAAAUAGAGGCGUUCGGGAAUAUUGCAAAAUCAAUUUUUAUUAAAGAUUUUAUAUAUAUAUUUUUUUUUUCCCGGAGUUAUUAUUGCGUACGAUACAAUAUGGUACACCUAAUUGCCACUUCUCACUACAUGGUACAAUACAAUACUUGAUAUUUCUUGCUUUUUGGUUUGUUUUUUUACUAAAAAAAAUUAGCCAGUUCUGGGUACCAGAUGUCCUUUCUGAUUCCAGAGUCUUUGAGAAAAAUGUAGUUUUGGUCAAUAAAGCAAAACACUCCUAAUUUUGUUCACUUUCACUCAGUUUAUAUUCCUUCUUUAUUUUUAAUGACAUAUAUUUUUUUAUUACGAUUAUUUACUAACAAAUCAGUUCCAGAUAUUUAAAAAAAAGACUAAUAAAUUAUUUUAUUAAGCAUUUAAUUACCAUUUAAUUUGGUAUUAGGUCAGUGCUGUAUAGUAAGGAGUAUUUUUUGAGUAUAUUGUCUUCCUUCACUUUCACUCGGUUGUUUUGGACUGCAGUGAGUUUUGAUGGUGUUUUAUUAAAUCAGCGCUGUUUCAGAUCACAGUUAAAUCAGUUAAAUAUACAGGAUGAAUCUCCUUAAUGAAUGUAAAGGACUGAGAGUGUGAUUCACACCUUCAUUUAAAACCAUUUAAACAUCAUCUUAUAUUGAAUGUAGGAUCUAAUCAGAUAUUGUAAUCAUCAUAAUAAGAACUCUGGAAAAAAAUUAAGAGAACACUUCAGUUUCUGAAUCAGUUUCUCUGAUUUUACUAUUUAUAGGUUUAUGUUUGAGUAAAAUGAACAUUGUUGUUUUAUUCUAUAAACUACAGACAACAUUUCUCCCAAAUUCCAAAUAAAAAUAUUCUCAUUUAGAGCAUUUAUUUACAGAAAAUGAGAAAUGACUGAAAUGCAUCUUGGCAUCAUGUUCUCCUCCUCCACCAGUCUUACACACUGCUUUUGGAUAACUUUAUGCUGCUUUACUCCUGGUGUAAAAAUUCAAGCAGUUCAGUUUGGUGGUUUGAUGGUUUGUGAUCAUCCAUCUUCCUCUUGAUUAUAUUCCAGAGGUUUAUAAUUUGGUAAAAUCAAAGAAACUCAACAUUUUUAAGUGCUCUCUUUUUUUUCCAGAGUUUACAUUUUUUUGCACUCAAUUUAGAUUUAAUAGAAAAUAAUCACAUUUAAACAUGAGUGUAAGAGAUUAAGAGCCCUGUUUUAUUGAUCUAUAACAAAUCGUCAAAUAUAUGCGCCAAAAUGUCGUAAUAUAUUUGUAUAAAUACAGAAAAUACAUAUUACCAGCUUUACAGUCUCAUUCAGCCCUGGAAAAACACUGGUGCAUCAUCAUUUCUCAUAAACGCCGCAUUACAGUAUUGUUCUCUGCACUCAGGGAGCUGGUCUUCACUGUGACGGCCUGUGGACAGUGACCGACGAGCUUUAAUACACUAAAUAAAAACACCGUAUUAACCCGCUCUGCUGCUAUCUGAUACUGAUAUCCUCUGAUACUGACCCUCACAUGACCUUCAUGAUAUAUAUAUAUAUAUAUAUAUUUAAAAUUAAUAUGUAUAUCAGGAAUAAAAGGUGUUUUAAUAAUGCAGCGAAUAAAUAAAUAGAUAGAUAAAUAAUAACAGUAUUAAUCUGAUCAGAAAAAUACCUUUAAAACGUCACUUUUUUCCGCCGAAGCUUGAUGUCAAUUUUGAAGUGGUUUCAUGAAAGUCUCGAAUUUCAUUUGUGGUAUUUUUGAAUUUUUGUACGAACAUUAAAUUGAAUCUGUUUGCCAAUAAUAAUUGUCGCCAUCAGAACAAAACCUUGUAUCUUCACAGUAGAACCUCGUCCUUCAUAUUGUGUCAAAAUUUAAUGGACUAAAAUACUUAAUUUUAGUAAAGUUGCCAUAUUUUGGACAUGCAAGGUUUUGUUUGGGCCGUGUGAAUAUUUACAUUGAUGCAACUAAACUACAUUUUGUAACAAGUGAAAAAACAAAACAAAAACAAACAAAAGGUGCCACAAAAAAUUGUUGUUUUUUUUGAGAAUUUUAGAGCAAUGUUAUUGGAGAACUACUGGAUUCCUUAAAAAGAUCCAUUUUAGGAAGAAUUUCCGAAAGUUUAAAGCGAUAUGUUGUGAUGCAUAAAAUCAGAGUAAAACAACAAACAGGGAAAAAAAGAGCAUUUUAUUUUUUUUAGUUAUUGGCACCACACUAAUAUAUUAUUUUAAGUUUUACAUUUAAAUAUCUACAUUUAAAACACUUUAAAGUCCUAAGAAGACAAAGAUUUACAUAUACAUGUAAAUAUAUACAUAUUUUUUAUGCAUCGAUUAACCCAAUCUUUUUAUCCACUUUUUAUCCAGUAAGAACAGAGAGGUCUUUAAUUCUGCUGCAGGGCUGCAACUAAUGAUUAUUAUGUGAUAAUCGAUUAAUGUGUCAGUUAUUUCUUUUGAUUUAUCAAUUAUUAAUCAGAUAAAAAAGAAAAAUACGAUUUACAGCAUUUUAUUCAAUAAACAAAACUGUCUUUGUCCUAAUAUUAUCAGUAAUAAAGGAACACACAACCUACCAUUAUUAAAAAUAUUAGUUUACAUGAAGAAUUAACCCGAAAGUUACAUUAAUUUUAUUAUUAGAAUUAGGUAAUAAAACAAGAACAGUGUAUGCAAUGUAAAUAUACACUCAGCUGUGAUUCACAAACACUUUCACCCAAAUCAGAAUCAGAAAAGACCCUGAAAAAGGCUUUAAAUUAAUUAUUAAAAAUGUUCGGAUUGAUUUUAUUGAUUUUAUACUUUAAUUUUAGGUGGAAUUUGUAAUGCUAACUUGUUCACUAUAAUAACAUAUACCUAACUAAUCGAUUAUUAAAUUAUUAAUAUUUUAACAAUCAAUUUGGAUCGAUUUUAAUCAUUUUAAUCAAUUCAGUGUUGCAGCCCUACGCUGCUCUCUAGUGGUUGGAGUUUAAACACAACACAAAAUGAACCACAGUCUUUCACCAACCUGUGCAGGAAGAGACAUCAUAAUUUAAAAAUGAUAUUGCAUUUACAAGAAUUGACAGAAUUGAUAAUUCAAUGAUAUAUCAAUAUUUUCUUAUAUUCUGAAGACCAUCAUGUAGAGGUUAUUUCUUUUUUUAUACUUACAGAUCUCAAAUAGCUUUAUCAUUAAAAAUGUUUGGAUUGAUUUUCUUUUACUCACAAGUAAAAGAAGUAGCUGUAAUGUGAAGUGGCUAAAAUUAGUUUUACUAAAACUACAGCUUGUUUUGGAACUGUUGGUUGAGCUGCCACAUUUAAGGUGGAAUUUAAGGUGGAAUAGAAAGGAAAACUCGUUAAUACUAGGUUGUUCACUAUAAUAACGUAUUUUCAACUAAUCGAUUUUUAAAUUAGUUUAAUUAGUAAUUAUCUUAAUAGUCAAUAUGAAUUGAGCCCUACACUGCUCUCUAGUGGUCGGAGUUUAAACACAACACAAAAUGAAUCACUGUCUUUCACCAACCUGUGCAGGUAGAUAGAUCAUUAACUUAAAAUUGACACUUUAUUUAUAAUAUAUUUUCUUACACUUAUACCAUCAUAUAGAGGUUCUUUCUUUCUUUAUAAUUCUCAUGUAUCAGAUCUUAUACAGCUUUAAAAAUGUAAUAAUAAUCUAAACAUCUCUAAACAUCAAUCCUUCAGAGUUUUUAUUGAAUCAUUAGUGGUUCUUCCGUGGCAUUGCUCUACAUUGCUCCCUUUUGGAACCUACAGUCCUUAUCAGUCAGAACACAACUGCUUUUAUUGAUCUUAAUAUUGAUUUUAUUGAACACCACAUGCACACCUUUAAGUCCUUUAAUCUGACGAGUGUGGAAUUAGUUGAUGAGCAUGCCUUACUAAAGAAAAUAAAACAGCGUAACAAGUGUAAAUAUGAACAUAUCAGUAGCAAAGAGAACUAUUUUUAACAUGGUCAGAAUUAAUGCACUACAGUGGAAAUAUAACGGCUGAUAUGAUGUAAAUGUUUCUAUUUUUAUUCUUAGUUAGGUGCAUGCUCCGGUGUUCUGUUGGAGGGCAGCAGCGAGUCCUACAGUCUUAAUCUCACAGCACUGAAGGCGUAAAGUGUGUUCAGCGUUUUAUAUUGAGCGUGAUGAUGAUGAAGACGAUGAUGAUGAAGACGAUGAUGAUGAAGACGAUGAUGAUGAUGUCGUAGAGACCUCUGUCAUGUGUUUCAUGCAGGACUUUGCAGCAUGAACUGCCCUGAAUUUAAGCAGUAAAGAGAUAUAUUUGGGUUCACGCCUCCAGAUCUAGUAAAAGCAUGUGCUAAAGGAUGUUCAGAUGCAGCUGUUUGAAUAUUUGACGCUGAGAGAAAACGUCUAUAAGCAGUACCAAAAUCACUGUGGACAAUCCAGCAUUGUCCAACUCUAUUUUUCCAGUAACGAUGUAAUUAAAAGUAUGGUACGGUACUUCUUUCUUCUUUACGAGUAUUAAAUGCCUGAGAGAAAAGACUAUUAUACAUAAAAGAUUGAAAUUAUUUAUAUGUUCAAAAUGUAUAAAUACUUGUAUCAAUCAACUCAACAUAAAAUACAUUUAGAACAGUGCAA